AUGUUCCUACAACCUCUGACUUUUGCAGAAACCAAAAGCAAGAAAAAGAAGAAGUCGAAGAAGAAAACCCCCGCGUCAGAGACCACGGGUGAACCUCAAGUCGCUGCGACCUCGACCGAGACAAACAACGAUGAUGCAGCAAAUGCAGACCGGUCGGACGAUUCCGAGGCAGAAGAUCACGAGGCGACAGCCAAACCAACAUCGACAGACACGCCGGUCGACGAGGGAGUCGUGGCCGAGUCGGCGAACGGCGUGCAGGCAACUGACCUCUCUGACGACGCGACGGCCCGCUUCGAUGCCCUUGUCAAAGAUCGCGAGAGUCUCCGGGUUGAGGUCACGCAGUUACGGCAGUCUUUAGAAGAACUACAGGCGAAGCAUCAGACCGAGUUGUCGACGGUCCAGACACAACUUGAAGAGACGCAGGGUGAGAAAGACUCAGCCGAAGAGCAGUAUCAAAAUCUUCUCGGCAAGGUUAACACCAUACGCUCUCAACUCGCUGAGCGUAUGAAGAAUGAUGCGGAAGACUUAGCGCAAGCUCGGACAUACAUCGAGGAACUCGAAGAGCAGCGGAAUACGCUACAGGAACAAUACACAUCAAGGUCGGCCGAGAUUGAGGAGCUCAAGUCGCAACUACAGGAGCAAUCCAAAGAUCUCUCGAGUCUACGGAAUAGAUCAAAUCUCUCGCAACAGAACUGGACCAAGGAGAAGGAGGAGCUGAUCGAAUCGGAGGCAUACAUGCGGGAGGAGUACGACAAUGCUAAGCAGGCUAUGCAUGAUUGGGAGGUGUUGGCGAUGGAGGAGCGAACCAUUCGAAAAGACUUGGCAGAACGGGUUGCUGAUUUGGAAGAACAGCUGAGUGGCGUCAAGGAGGGAUACGAAAAAGCCAAAGAAGAACGGGAUACCCAAUCGAGUAGUGUCGAGGGCCUGCAAAAGGCGCUGCAAGAGAUCCAAACGCUUCGCAAAUCCGAGCUGAAGGAAGUGGUGGAGAAUUCGCAAGCGGAGUUGGCGGCUCUGCGGAGUCAGGUUGAAGAAAUGCAAACGGCCAUGCAAUCUGCCAAGAGCGAACUUGAGACCACCAAGCGGGAGCUGGACAGAGCACUGCCUUUCGAGAAAGAGGUCAAGGAGAAGAACCUCUUGAUCGGCAAGCUCCGGCACGAAGGGGUGAUACUGAAUGACCAUCUUACGAAGGCCUUGCGGUUCUUGAAGAAAGGCAAGCCAGAAGACAACGUUGACAGACAAAUCGUCACGAAUCAUUUUCUUCAAUUCCUUGCCCUGGACCGGUCAGACCCCAAGAAGUUCCAGGUACUGCAGCUGAUUGCAGCUUUGCUAGGAUGGACCGACGAUCAAAAGGAACAGGCUGGGCUUGCGCGACCGGGCAGUAAUUUCGCGGCGAUAGGCAGUAUGCGUGGCCUAUCCGUGGCAAGUCCCAUCCACCGUACGCCAAGCACACCAGCGCUCUCGCACGAGUAUUUCCCAGAUACCGGAAGUGCGAUUAGUCCAGGGAGCAAGGAAACGCUGGGAGACUUGUGGCAGAAUUUCUUGGAGCAAGAAGCGGGCCUGGCUGCAAAGGGCAGUAAAUCGCGAACUGCUAGUCAAAGCACAGCGACGGGUCCGCCCAAAGAGUGA